UUACUUAGCCAGCACGUGCAACGGCCAGAGUAGUUUAAUUUUGUUUACAUUUUUUACCUAAGAAAAACUGAAUAAUGGACAAUAUGAAAGAAUAUCCAGAGCUAACAAAUACGCGGCCUGAAUUCAAAAAAAUACCCAAGUCGCUGAAUAAGCAUUUGGCGAACUUGGGAGCACCACAUGUGGAUUCAUUUGAUGAGAUGCUGAGCGUGGGCUUGGACAAUGUAGUGAAGCACAUGGUGCCACAGCAAUUUCAAACACCUGCGGGCGAACAGAUUAGCGUGCAUGUGGAGAACAUAUGGAUUGCCAAGCCAUCGGUGCCGCUGGACGUGAUUGAUGUGCGCACCCGUGAAAUCUAUCCAACGGAUGCACGUCAACUGCACGCGUCGUAUUCCGGCGUGUGCACAAUACGUCUGGGCUGGAGUGUGAAUGGACUGGAGAAGUCCGCGAUUAACAUGGAUGUCGGGGAAGUGCCAGUUAUGUUGCGCUCCAGUGCCUGUAAUCUGCACAAAGCGACGCCGGAGCAGAUGGUGCAGCAUGGCGAGCACGACAGCGAGUGGGGAGGCAUCUUUGUGAUCCGUGGCAACGAGAAGAUCGUACGCAUGUUGAUUAUGACACGUCGCAAUCAUCCGAUUUGUGUAAAACGCUCCUCGUGGAAGGAUCGUGGUCACAAUUUCAGUGAACUGGGCGUUAUGGUGCAAACGGUGCGAGAUGAUGAGCUGUCUCUGACAAAUGUACUGCAUUAUCUGAACAAUGGCACCGCUCGCUUCAUGUUCUCCCAUGUGAAACGUUUGUCCUACGUGCCCGUUUGCCUGAUCCUCAAGUGUCUGAUGGAUUACACCGAUGAACAGAUCUACAAUUGCCUGAUUCAGGGCUAUGAAACGGAUCAAUAUUACCUGAGUUGUGUGCAAAGCAUGCUGCGUGAUGUGCAGAAUGAAGGUGUCUAUACUUCAGCUCAAUGUCGCUCUUUUAUUGGCACACUAUUCCGCUCCCGCUUUCAGGAGGUGCCCGCUUGGCUGCCGGAUGAGGCGGUCACAGAUUUUAUAAUGCGGGAACGCAUUAUGGUGCAUCUGGAGACGAACGAGGAGAAGUUUCAGCUGAUUGUGUUCAUGGUGCAGAAACUGUUUCAGUGCGCUCAGGGCAAGCACAAAGUGGAGAAUGUUGAUUCGGCAAUGAUGCAGGAGGUGCUGCUGCCGGGACAUUUGUAUCAGAAGUAUCUGGGUGAACGCAUCGAAAUGUGGCUCCUGCAGCUGCGCAAGUGUCUACUGAAGAAGCUUAACACACCCGAUUCCCUCCUCAGCAGCAGCCUCUUGACACAGUGUAUGCGUCAAGCUGGCGGCGUUGGACGCGCCAUUGAAUCCUUUCUGGCCACGGGCAAUGUGAACUCACGCACUGGCCUCGGCUUGAUGCAGAGCAGCGGUCUCGUCAUCAUGGCCGAGAACAUUAAUCGCAUGCGUUACAUGUCCCACUUUAGGGCCAUUCAUCGUGGCUCCUAUUUUACCACCAUGCGCACCACUGAGGCCCGCCAAUUGCUGCCCGAUGCCUGGGGAUUCAUCUGUCCCGUGCACACGCCCGAUGGCACACCUUGUGGUCUGCUCAAUCACUUGACACUCACCUGCGAGCUGUCCAAGCGACCCGAUCCCAAGCUGGUUCAAGCUAUUCCCGGCAAGCUUUUUGAGAUGGGCAUGUUGCCGUUGACGCACCACAAUCAUCCGGAUGCCAAGCUAUAUGUGGUGUUCCUCGAUGGCAAACACUUGGGUCACAUUUUCCAGACGGAUGCCAGCAAGAUAGUCGAGGAUUUGCGCUAUGCGAAAAUCUCUGGUGAAGUGCCCGCAAUGAUGGAGAUUGGCUACAUACCCUACAAGAAGAAUGGCCAAUUUCCGGGUCUAUUUCUAUCAACGGGUCCGGCACGAAUGAUGCGUCCGGUGUGGAACAUCAAAUGGAAGAAGGUGGAGUACAUUGGCACACUGGAGCAAUUGUAUAUGGAAAUAGCGAUCGAUGAGAAGGAAAUCUAUCCCGAAUUCACAACACAUCUCGAACUGUCAAAGACGCACUUUAUGAGCAAUCUGGCGAAUCUGAUUCCCAUGCCGGAUUACAAUCAAUCGCCACGUAACAUGUACCAGUGUCAGAUGGGCAAACAAACAAUGGGCACACCAUGUCUCAAUUGGCCCAAACAGGCGGCCAACAAGUUGUAUCGCCUGCAGACGCCAGCAACGCCUCUGUUUCGACCCGUGCACUAUGAUAACAUUCAGAUGGAUGACUUUGCCAUGGGCACCAAUGCCAUUGUGGCUGUCAUUUCGUACACUGGCUACGAUAUGGAGGAUGCCAUGAUUAUCAAUAAGUCGGCCUAUGAACGUGGAUUCGCCUAUGGCAGCAUCUACAAGUCCAAAUUUGUUCAAUUGGCCAAGAAGCAAAGCUAUUUUGCACGUCAUCCCCAUAUGCCAGAGUUGGUCAAGUAUCUGGAUACGGAUGGUUUGCCGCAUCCGGGUGCUAAGCUCAGCUAUGGCUGUCCACUUUAUUGCUAUUUCGAUGGUGAGGUCUCCACAUUCAAGGUGGUCAAAAUGGAUGAGAAGGAGGACUGCAUUGUGGACAGCAUACGGCAAUUGGGCAGCUUUGACUUGACGCCAAGGAAGACGGUGUGCAUUGCACUACGUGUCGCACGUCCGGCGACAAUUGGCGACAAGUUCGCCUCACGUGCCGGACAAAAGGGCAUUUGCUCGCAGAAAUAUCCAGCCGAGGAUUUGCCCUUCACCGAAUCGGGUCUGAUACCAGACAUUGUGUUCAAUCCACAUGGUUUCCCCUCGCGUAUGACAAUCGCCAUGAUGAUCGAGACAAUGGCGGGCAAAUCGGCUGCCCUUCACGGUGGCGUCUAUGAUGCGACACCGUUUCGCUUCUCCGAGAAUAAUACGGCCAUUGAUUAUUUUGGCAAAAUGCUGGAAGCCGGCGGUUACAAUUACUAUGGCACGGAACGUCUCUAUUCCGGUGUCGAUGGUCGUGAAAUGACGGCGGAUAUAUUCUUUGGCGUUGUCCACUAUCAGCGACUGCGUCACAUGGUCUUUGACAAGUGGCAGGUGCGAUCCACGGGCGCCGUCGAGGCGCGCACUAAUCAACCCAUCAAGGGACGCAAACGUGGUGGCGGCGUUCGUUUUGGUGAAAUGGAACGCGAUGCUCUCAUAUCGCAUGGUGCCGCCUUUUUGCUGCAGGAUCGUCUAUUUCACAACUCGGAUAAGACGCAUACGUUGGUCUGCCACAAAUGUGGCAGCAUUUUGGCGCCACUGCAACAGAUUGUCAAGCGGAAUGAGACGGGCGGAUUGUCAUCCAUGCCGGAAACGUGUCGCUUGUGCGGCGACAACAGCGGCGUCUCCAUGAUCGAAAUCCCAUUCUCCUUCAAGUUUCUGGUCACCGAGUUAAGUUCGGUCAACAUAAAUGCCAGAUUCAAGCUGAAUGCGAUCUAAGCAUCUAACUAGACGUUAUUCAAUUGUUGACAUCCCUAUAACUGUCCUGAUAUAAUUAUAUAUAUAUUAUAUAUUUCUAAUAAAGUUAACUACAAUGAUAA